AUGGAUCCCCCUCCUACCCUGAGUUUGGCCCUUCUAGGCGGGAGUGAGGAUGAGGACCAACGUCCCCCCCUCCCUUUGAGUGGUAUGUCCCACCCCUCUAUUACUGGCAACUACCCUGGAAGCAACCACUCUAACCACACAGGAGGUAACAGCAGCCUGGAGAGGCUUAAUGGCACGCCGUCCCCGACCACCCCAAACCUCCCUCCGGCCUCCCUUCCCAAGUUACCCCUGGUGACAGCACCCCAGUUGCCUACACCCAUCCCGAAUGCCUUGCACCCCACGAGCACUCCUCUCUCCUCCUGCCUGGGUAGCCAGCAUAGUCUGAGUGGUGAGACGUCACCUGUCUACAACGCCCUCUUUUACUCCUCCCACUCGCCCUCCACGGAGAGAGAGAGGGAGCGAGAGAGGGAGAGAGAAAGAGGGUGUAAGCAUAGACAGACGAGUCCUCUCGUCCAUCGGAGGGACAGUAACCCCUUCACGGAGAUCGCCAUGAGCUCGUGUAAGUACAGCGGUGGGGUGAUGAAACCGCUAAGUCGCCUCAGCGCCUCCCGCCGGAACCUCAUCGAAUCUGACAGCGGCAGCGACACCAAAGAGGGCGGGGCCAAUUCCGGUCAAGGCGCGGCCACUUCCUCCCAACACAGCCAGUCACAGCCUCAGAACCCGCCCGAGAUUGUCAUCUCCUCCAAGGAGGACCCGCCAUAUGGACACGCGUAUGAGCUGGAGCCCUCUGCCAAUCAGAUGUCCAUCUACCACCAGAAUCACGCUCUCUCAGAAAGUAGAGGAACACUGGGUAUGGCAGGGGCAACGGCGAUUGGUUCGAACAGCCGGAGGGGCGGGCAAGGGGGCGGGUCCGGAAGGACAGCCUCCAAAGCCAACAAACGCAAGAACCAGAACAUCGGUUACAAGCUCGGCCACCGGAGGGCGCUCUUCGAGAAAAGGAAGAGACUGAGCGACUACGCGCUCAUCUUCGGCAUGUUCGGCAUCGUUGUCAUGGUGAUUGAGACCGAGCUAUCCUGGGGUGUCUAUAACAAGAGCUCCAUGUAUUCUCUGGCGCUGAAGUGUCUUAUCAGCCUGUCCACUGUCAUCCUGCUGGGACUUAUAAUUGCCUACCACGCUCGAGAAGUGCAGCUCUUCGUUAUCGACAACGGGGCGGACGACUGGCGCAUCGCCAUGACGAUGGAGCGGGUGCUACUGAUCGCCCUGGAGCUGCUGGUGUCGGCGGUCCACCCGGUACCGGGCGACUUUAAGUUCCAGUGGCGCGCCCGGCUGGCGUUCUCCUACGCCCCCUCGCAGGCCGAGGCCGACCUGGACAUGGUCCUGUCCGUCCCCAUGUUUCUCAGGCUCUAUCUCAUAGCCAGAGUUAUGCUCCUGCACAGUAAACUCUUCACCGACGCCUCCUCGCGCAGCAUAGGAGCGCUCAACAAGGUGCACUUUAACACACGGUUUGUGAUGAAGACCCUGAUGACCAUCUGUCCCGGCACGGUCCUGUUGGUCUUUAGUAUAUCUCUGUGGAUAAUCGCCGCCUGGACCGUACGCGUGUGUGAGAGGUACCACGACGCUCAAGAUGUUACUAGUAACUUCUUGGGUGCCAUGUGGCUAAUCUCCAUCACCUUCUUGUCCAUUGGAUACGGGGACAUGGUGCCGCACACCUACUGCGGAAAGGGUGUGUGUCUGCUCACGGGAAUUAUGGGGGCGGGCUGCACAGCGUUGGUUGUUGCCGUGGUUGCGCGGAAGCUGGAGCUGACAAAGGCGGAGAAGCACGUACACAACUUUAUGAUGGACACGCAGCUCACCAAACGAAUAAAGAAUGCGGCGGCCAAUGUUCUUCGGGAAACUUGGCUCAUCUACAAACACACCAAACUCAUGAAGAAGAUCGAUCACUCCCGCGUACGAAAGCACCAGAGGAAGUUCCUACAAGCAAUCCACCAGCUGCGCAGUGUGAAGAUGGAGCAGAGGAAACUCAGUGAUCAAGCCAACACAUUGGUAGAUCUGUCUAAGAUGCAGAGCGUGAUGUACGAGCUGAUGUCGGAGCUGAACGAUCGAAGCGAAGAUCUGGAGAGACAGAUGUUGAGCUUGGAGCACCGCGUGGAGCAGCUCACCGCUGGGUUUAACGCUCUGCCCGCUCACCUCUCUGCCACCCUCAGUGCCCAACACGCCGCCCUGGUCCACCUCCUCAGAGAUCGCGACGCCAAGACCCUCACCCCGACCACGCCCACGCCAACCUCCGCCGGCGCCGCCAGCGCCAACCUGUUGCCAAGUACUGACCCUGGCACCUCUCAUGCCGAGGCCGGCCCCAACGCCACUUCCUCCAGUUGCUGA